AUGACCACCAUCGCCGCAGACGAAAUCGCUCUCUACCGCCGCUGGCUCGCUCGUCUUGGUCAGGAGAACUCGAGACACGACGACGUCGAUGUCAUCGCCAUGGUUCAAGACGUCUGCAAUUUCCGUUGGGCCUGUGAUCUCUUCCUGCAACACAAACGUGAAGAAGCAUUCCAGCUCUGGUUCCAGAUCUACGACGACAGCAAGGCCGACGUCCUUGGCGACCUCGCUGGAUUCCUGGUCCAUUGGUGCUACGCCGCUGGCGUGGGCAUUGCGAGCGACUGGAACGAAGCCGAGUUCGUCAUGACCGACUGGGAAGGGAAAACCCAGCUCCACCGCGAACUCUUUGAGUGGUGUCAAGAAGGAAAUGGGCGAGGCAACUGGUUCUGCGAGUUCCUCCUCGCCCAGUGCUGGAUCCACAGCAUCGGAGCCCCCAGCUGCAAUCUACAAUACGCAUCGUCGCUGCUCGAGCAGCUUGCCUUGGAGGGUCGCGCUGUCGCCCAGUGCGCUCUGGCGGACUGCAUUCAAGAGCGAUUCACCAAGUCAAGUGCAGACCAAAUGAUGAUGACACAUCUCUACUUUGCAGCAGCGAACCAGGGGUACGCUGAUGCCAUGUACAAGCUGGCGCACUGCGUGGAGGCUGGUUUGGGCGCCACCUCUGACAUUCGAGUGGCAAAAUAUUUCUACCAGCUGGCUGUCGACCAUGGACACACUGCUGCUGGUGAUUCUUUGAAGUUGUUGGAUCUGCUCCUCUGA